CCAGUCCAGGAAGUGAACAUUUAUAGGAGUUAGCGGGAUAACGAAGCUGUUUACCUGUCAAUAUUAUAAUAUUCCCCACGCCCAUACAGAGGGGAUAGACGGCGUAUCCUUUAAUCAAGCUUUCCAACUGUCCGGAGCCACCGCAUCACAAGGUAAGCACGGACGAGCGGUCCAAGCGGUAACGCUAGGCAAAUUAUGGCUAGCAAUGCUAGCAGCACCAACAGCGGUAAAUCAGAUGUCAUUGUUAAGAAUUACGCGGAACUAGAUUUAUUUCCUUGAUAAACGCAAUGCAAUGUGGCAUUAAACCAGUGCAUGUCAUUGUUUCUUCUUGGCAUAAUGUCGUCAAUUAAGAAGCUGCCACCUUCCAUUUAUAAAACUGCUUAUCAUCGUGAUGACGAUGCUGCUAAUUUGUUAUGGAUGGUCACGGCUAGUUGACUGACUAGCACAGUUGCCGCGUUCAGAACAACUGGGAACUCUGAAAUCUCCGUCUUCAUCGCCAUCAAGACAAGUGGGAACGCGGGGGAAAAACUAGCUCCGACUGGGAAAAAUCGUUUAACGGUCAUCCAACUCGGAAUUCCAAGUCGAAAACUCGGGCAUCAUUCAAGAACUCCGAUUUGAAGAUCACUGCCGUCAUGUGUUCCCAGUUGUCUUGAAAGCACCAUAGAGACAAUAAUCAUCGCUUUCAAACCGGUUUUCGAAACAUGCUGAUAUGCCCCUUAUAAUCUUUCAAAUAAAAAAUAUACACUAACUUUAGCAGUUUUGCACAGAUCCACAAGAUGUGUGUGCCUCCAGUUGACGAACUACACUUUCUCCACAGUUACGAUUACACGCAGGUGUUCGGAGCAUGCUAGAUGGCUAUUUAACACAGGUGGCCACCUAUGUCUUCCGUAAACAAGUGAUAUAACUUGGAGAUAUGACUGUGUGGGAACAAUAACCCAAUACAACUGUAGUAUUUUUCUUUGAUAUGAAAGAUACGUUCCUUAUGUUUCCAAAACCGAACCGCAAACGAUGCGUGUUAUAGAGCAAGUGUCGAGGCUCUUAACAAAACUACCCCGGUCAGAAUAUACUUCAGGAGGCGCUAAAGCAGUUAACGUCUAUGAAUGGGGUAAGAGACAGCCAGAGAGAGUCAUUAUGAUCAAGGAUGUUAACUGACAUUUACUUUAAGACAAAUAUUUAGGCAGAUCAUGCAUCAUAAAUCUAUUGAGUGGCAUGGUGUAGUAGCAGAAAAUCCGGUUUUAUUAAAUUACACAGGCAAUCCAACUCUAUCACAUAACGGGUGUAUCCAUAACUACACCAUUAUCAUUUCAGACAGAAAUGAGGGCCUUGAGGCACCACUGGUAAUGAAUGGAAGUUAUAGUCAGACUGUAUUUACUUUCAACUGCUUCUCCAGUCGCCUGGAAUUGGCAAUAACAUGAGCUAGACCAGGGUAGAGUCUGUUACGUCUUGCCAAUGUCAAUAUUUGACUAAUGUUAACAAUUAGAUUGACCUCUGUCUACUCUACCUCUGAUCCGCCUCAAUGUGCAGUCCAAUAGAUGACAGAGGAGGGUUAAGGGAGGAUUAGAGUGUUAAAUAUAAGGCAUUAGGGGGCAAAAGAACUGAAUGAUAAGCUGUGUUUUUACCUAGCCUCUGGCUAUGGCUCUGUCUGUAACCCUGAGAUGGAAUGAGGUGUCCAGCUGGUUUAGUGUCUUUUUCCUCAGUCUCUGACCUCUGACCCUAGAUGAUGGUCGACCCCACACUCGCUGAAAUGGGCAAGAACCUCAACGAGGCCAUGAAGAUCCUGGAGGAUGGCCGAAAGUAAGCUUUUAUGAAUUGGUGUUUGUUCGUAAAGAUAUAUUGACGAGUAUUACACUGGCUGUUAAUGACGUACAUACUGUCGCACAUACUGUAUGCAUGCAUGUUUACACAAGUCAGAUGCACACACCUGAAUGACUAUCUGACUUGUUUGUUUUGCCGUUUCUUUCUCUCCAGUGCAUCAGAACCGCAUGCAGAUAGACGCCAGUUCAGCAGGAGUAGUAUCCCCGGACCCCUACAGGGAGAGUAAGUACAGCAGAUACCCCUGUUACUCACUCUCAAUCUAGUGUCUUUCUCUGUCUGUCUCUCUUUCUCCCUCUCACACAAACAAAUGUGGAUGGUAUUUCACAGAAGCAAUGAGUCCCCUCAAACAACACAUUGUGUGUUUUGUUCCUAACUUCCAGUGGGCAGGAUGUGGCCAGUAUACUCCAGCUGGUCCAGAAUCUCAUGCAUGAAGAUGAGGAGGAAGACAAGCCAAGCCAUCGGUAGGUUUAACAUUAGAACACCACUACUGAGAGCAUAUGUCAGUUAGAAGUCCUUCUUAGAAUUUUUUAAAAAUCAGGGUAAUAGGAAUUUCCAGGUGAACAAAAAGAAGAGAAGUCUUUGAUAAUAUCAAUAAAAGAUCUAUCCGGUAUAUUACAAGUUGCAACAGGGAGACGCCUCCAGAACAGAGGCAGAGAAAAUGUCUGUCUGGCCUCUUGGAGACAGGCCCUUUCUAUUCUAAUCAGACAGUACCAAGUGUUCUGUAAAAACCAGCCCAAGAAGGCUUGUAGGAAGUCAAAACAAAUUGCAGUGACAUUGUCAGCUGCUACAGAAUACAGUAAUAAUCAGUGUCCUUGUACCUCCAGUCUGGCGUCAAUCACUAUCAACAGAACCUUGCACAAACAGAACAUGUAAACAUAUAAAUAUGCUAAGGAUUGUGUUAAUCACUCUUCACUGUAUAUGAACUUUAUUCAUCUUAAAUAUUCCCAUUACUAUCAGUAUAAUACAGUUUAUCAACAUCAUCACAUCUUUGUGACCUCACUUCCUGUGUGUGUCUCGUCCCGGGGCGGCAGGUAGCUUAGUGGUUAAGAGCGUUGUGCCAGUAACCGAAAGGUAGCUGGUUCUAAUCCCCGAGCCAACUAGGUGAAAAAUCUGUCGAUGUGCCCUUGAGCAAGGCACUUAACCCUAAUUGCUCCUGUAAGUCGCUCUGGAUAAGUGCGUCUGCUAAAUGACUAAAAUGUAAAUGUCCCCCAGCAGGAUGCAGAACGUCGGAGAGCAGGGUCACAUGGCGUUGCUAGGACACAGCCUAGCAGCCUACAUCUCAGUGCUGGACAGGGAGAGACUCAGGAAGCUGAUCACACGCAUCGCGUCUGACACAACACUCUGGCUCUGCAGACUCUUCAGGUGUGUCUGGGUCUGUCUGUCGAGUGCAUGUGUGUGUUUGUUCCUGGUGCAUUGCUCAUUUGAUUUUGAUGUCCUGCCAGGUAUGAGAGUGGCUCAGCAUACUACCAUGAGGAUGACCGAGAGGGCCUGCUGAAGGUGUGUCGCCUGGUCAUCAAUGCCCGCUAUGAGGACUACUCCACAGAGGGCUACAUGGUGCUCAACUCCAGACAGCCUGUCAUUUAUCAGAGCACCACCUGCAGGCCUGGCCUGGGACAGCACCUCUGCAGCCAAGUAGGAGUAGAAGCAGGCAUAGAAACACAUUGCAUGUACUUACAUGAAGACACACAGACAGACCUUUCUGAUGUUAUUUUGGUGUUGUAAGAGCAGAUAUUUCAGAAGUUAUUCAAUGUAGAUUGACUUUAACAGAAAUCCUCUCUUCCUCAGCUGGGUCUGCCUCUGUCCAGCCUGUGCACCGUCCCCUGUAACACCAUGUUUGGAUCCCAGCACCAAAUGGUAGGAAGAUCAGCCUCAUUUAGAUAGGCUCAUACAAUAUACACUACAUAACCAAAAGUAUGUGGACUCCUGCUCGUUGAACAUCUCAUUCCAAAAUCAUGGGCAUUAAUAUGGAGUUGCUGCUAUAACAACCUCCACUCUUCUGGAAAGGCAUUCCACUAGAUGUUGGAACAUUGCUGCGGGGACUUGCUUCCAUUCAGCUACAAGAGCAUUAGUGGGGUCGGGCGCUGAUGUUGGGCCUGGAGUUCCAAUUCAUCCCAAAGGUGUCGAUGGGGUUGAGGGCAGGGCUCUGUACAGGCCAGUUAAGUUCUUCCACACCGAUCUCGACAAACAAUUUCUGUAUGGACCUCGCUAUGUGCUUGGGGGCAUUGUCAUGCUGAAACAGGAAAGGGCCUUCCCCAAACUGUUGCCACAAAGUUGGAAGCACAGAAUCAUCUAGAAUAUCAUUGUAUGCUGUAGCUUUAAGAUUUCCCUUCACUGGAACUAAGGGGCAUAGCCCGAAACAUGAAAAACAGCACCAGACCAUUAUUCCUCCUCCACCAAACUUUACAGUUGGCACUAUGCAUUGGGGCAGGUAGCGUUCUCAUGGCAUCCACCAAACCCAGAUUAAUCCGUUGGACUGCCAGAUGGUGAAGCGUGAUUCAUCACUCCAGAGAACGCGUUUCCACUGCUCCAGAGUCCAAUGGCGGCGAGCUUUACACCACUCCAGCUGACGCUUGGCAUUGCACAUGGUGAUUUUAGGCUUGUGUGCGGCUGCUCGGCCAUGGAAACCCAUUUCAUGAAGCUCUCAACAAAUAACUAUUGUGCUGACGUUGUUUCCAGAGGCAGUUUGGAACUCUGUAGUGAGUGUUGCAACCGAGGACAGACUAUUUUUACGUGCUACGCGCUUCAGCACUCUGCAGUCUUGUUCUGUGAGCUUGUGUGGCCUACCACAUCGCGGCUGAGCCGUUGUUACUCCUAGACCUUUCCACUUCACAAUAACAACACUUAGAGUUGACCGGGGUAGAUCUAGCACGGCAGAAAUUUGAUGAACUGACUUGUUGGAAAGGUGGCAUCCUAUGACGGUGCCACGUUGAAAGUCACUGAGCUCUUCAGUAAGGCCAUUCUACUGCCAAUGUUUGUCUAUGGAGAUUGCAUGGCGGUGUGCUCGAUUUUAUACACCUGUCAGCAACGGGUGUGGCUGAAAUAGCCGAAUCCACUAAUUUGAAGGGUUGUCCACAUACUUUUGUGUAUAUAUAGUGUAUUUAUUUGUAAACCACAGCUGGUGCACAAAAUCUAAUACUAAGGAAGUCUCGAGGUUUUGCUCGCCUGAGGUAGAGUAUCUCAUGAUAAGCUGUAGACCACACUAUUUACCAAGAUACUUUUCAUCUAUAUUUUUCGUAGCUGUCUAUCUACCACCACAAACCGAUGCUGGCAUUAAGAUUGCACUCAAUGAGCUGUAUAAAGCCAUAAGUAAACAGGAAAACGCUCAUCCAGAGGCAUCGCUCCUAGUGGCCGGGGACUUUAAUGCAGAGAAACUUAAAUCCGUUCUACCUAAUUUCUACCAGCAUGUUAAAUGUGCAACCAGAGGAAAACAAACUCUAGACCACCUUUACUCCACACACAGAGACGCAUACAAAGCUCUCCCUCGCCCUCCAUUUGGCAAAUCUGACCAUAACUCUAUCCUCCUGAUUCCUGUUUAUAAGCAAAAACUAAAGCAGGAAGCACCAGUGACUCGGUUAAUCAAAAAGUGGUCAGAUGAUGCAAAUGCUAAGCUACAGGACUGUUUUGCUAGCACAGACUGGAAUAUGUUCCGGGAUUCUUCAGAUAGCAUUGAGGAGUACACCACAUCAGUCACUGGCUUCAUCAAUAAGUGCAUCGAUGACGUCGUCCCCACAGUGACUGUACGUACAUACCCCAACCAGAAGCUACGGAUUACAGGCAACAUCCGCACUGAGCUAAAGGGUAGAGCUGCCGCUUUCAAGGAGCGGGACUCUAACCCGGACGCUUAUAAGAAAUCCCGCAAUGCCCUCCGACGAACCAUCAAACAGGCAAAGAGUCAAUACAGGACUAAGAUUGAAUCGUGCUACACCAGCUCUGACGCUCGUCGGAUGUGGGGCUCCCGAGUGGCGUUGCGGUCUAAGGCACUGCAUCUCAGUGCUUGAGGAGUCACUACAGACCCCCUGGUUCGAUUCCAGGCUGUAUCACAACCAGCCGUGAUUGGGAGUCCCAUAGGGCGGCGCACAAUUGGCCCAGCGUCGUCCGGGUUUGGCCGGUGUAGGCCGUCAUUGUAAAUAAGAAUUUGUUCUUAACUGACUUGCCUAGUUAAAUAAAGGUAAAAUUAAAAUUAAAUGUGGCAGGGCUUGAAAACUAUUACAGACUACAAAAGGAAGCACAGCUGCGAGCUGCCCAGUGACACAAGCCUACCAGACGAGCUAAAUCACUUCUAUGCUCGCUUCGAGGCAAGCAACACUGAAGCAUGCAUGAGAGCACCAGCUGUUCCGGAUGACUAUGUGAUCACGCUCUCCGUAGCCGAUGUGAGUAAGACUGUUAAGCAGGUCAACAUUCACAAGGCCGCAGGGCCAGACGGAUUACCAGGAUGUGUACUCCGAGCAUGUGCUGACCAACUGGCAAGUGUCUUCACUAAACAUUUUCAACAUGUCCCUGAGUGAGUCUGUAAUACCAACAUGUUUCAAGCAGACCACCAUAGUCCCUGUGCCCAAGGACACUAAGAUAACCUGCCUAAAUGACUACCGACCCGUAGCACUCACGUUUGUAGCCAUGAAGUGCUUUGAAAGGCUGGUCAUGGCUCACAUCAACACCAUUAUCCCAGAAACCCUAGACCCUCUCCAAUUUACAUACCGCCCCAACAGAUCCACAGAAGAUGCAAUCUCUAUUGCACUCCACACUGCCCUUUCCCACCUGGACAAGAGGAACACCUACGUGAGAAUGCUGUUCAUUGACUACAGCUCUGUGGUCAACACCAUAGUGCCCUCAAAGCUCAUCACUAAGCUAAGGAUCCUGGGACUAAACACCUCCCUCUGCAACUGGAUCCUGGACUUCCUGACGGGCCGCCCCCAGGUGGUAAGGGUAGGUAACAACACAUCUGCCACGCUGAUCCUCAACACGGGGGCCCCUCAGGGGUGCGUGCUCAGUCCCACCCUGUACUCCCUGUUCACCCAUGACUGCAUGGCCAGGCACGACUCCAAUGCCAUCAUUAAGUUUGCUGACGACAGAACAGUGGUAGGCCUGAUCACCAACAACGAAGAGACGGCCUAUAGGGAGGAGGUCCGAGACCUGGCCGUGUGGUGCCAGGAUAACAACCUCUCCCUCAACGUGAUCAAGACAAAGGAGAUGAUUGUGGACUACAGGGUAAAAAAAGAGGACUGAGCACGCCCCCAUUCUCAUUGACGGGGCUGUAGUGGAACAGGUUGAGAGCUUCAAGUUCCUUGGUAUGCACAUCACCAACGAACUAUCAUGGUCCAAACACACCAAGACAAUCGUGAAGAGGGCACGACAAAGCCUAUUUCCCCUCAGGCGACUGAAAAGAUUUGGCAUGGGUCCUCAGAUCCUCAAUGUUCUACAGCAGCACCAUCGAGAGCAUCCUGACUGGUUGCAUCACCGCCUGGUAUGGCAACUGCUCGGCCUCUGACCACAAGGCACUACAGAGGGUAGUGUGUACGGCCCAGUACAUCACUGGGGCCAAGCUUCCUGCCAUCCAGGACCUCUAUACCAGGCGGUGUCAGAGGAAGGCCCUCAAAAUUGUCAAAGACUCCAGCCACCCUAGUCAUAGACUGUUCUCUCUGCUACCGCACGGCAAGCGGUACCAGAGCGCCAAGUCUAGGUUCAAAAGGCUUCUCAACAGCAUCUACCCCCAAGCCAUAAGCCUCCUGAACAGCUAAUCAUUGCUACCCGGACUAUUUGCACUGCCCCCCCACCCCCCUCUUUUACGAAGCUGCUACUCUGUUUAUUAUUUAUGCAUAGUCACUUUAACUCUACCCACAUGUACAUAUUACCUCAAUUACCUCGACUAGCCGGUGCCCCCGCACAUUGACUCUGCACCGGUACCCCCGUAUAUAGCCUCCCUUCUGUUCUUUUAUUUUACUGCUGCUCUUUAGUUAUUUGCUUUUUUUUUUUUUUACUUAACACUUCUUUUUUUUUUAUUCUUUAAAAAAUGCAUUGUUGGUUAAGGGCUUGUAAGUAAGCAUUUCACUGUAAUGUCUAGACCUGUUGUGUUCGGCGUAUGUGGCAAAUAACAUUUGAUUUGAUUUAGGUCAUACUGGGGUGCCUGUAUGCGUACUACCCAUCAUACUACCCUGAUUUUUAAUGGAAAACAUAAUAUGAUCUGUCUCCCUUGGUGUUUUCCUGUUGCAGGACGUUGCCUUGCUCGACAAGCUGAUCAAAGAGGACGUGGAGACUGGGAAGCUUCCAUUGCUGUUGGUAGCCAACGCCGGUCAGUGGGGAAUUCUAUCACCAUUAAUACAAUUAUAAUCCAAAUUAGUAGCUAAGGGCACACAUCUACUCUUUAAAGGUGUUUUAUUUUCUCCAAGAUGGAUUGUGUGCUUAUUGCAAAACUUUGCAUGGUGAAACAUGGUAUUACACUCUAAAAUGAAACAAUGUUUAACCCUUGACCAACCAGGAUGUUAUUGUAUGACUUACCUGGUCAAAUAAAGGUUAAAUGAACAUGUCAGUCCCUCUAUCACUGACGUAUUUACCAAGACGUACUGCAGAGUGGCUUAGAGCGUACUCACUGCCUUGUCAUCCCAGGCACCCCUGGGGCGGGCCACACAGACAAGCUGGGCCGUCUAAAGGAGCUGUGUGAACAGUAUGGCAUGUGGCUCCACAUAGAAGGGUGGGUAACAACAUUACACAUACUUGUAAUACUUCUGAUAUGUCUUUAACCAACCAUAUUGGAGGGGUUUGUAAAUGCUUUAUAACUACUUUGUCUUUUCUGUCUCUCUCAGUGUCAACUUGGCCACCCUGGCUCUGGGGCAGGUCUCGUCCCCCGUGACGGUACGUAUAGGAUAUGCUCUCCCAUUCUGUGACCCUCCGAACUUGAAAUGAAUGCACUGUAAGAUGCCUGUAUUGUAUAGUAAUGUAAUAUGUCUACUACAGUAUGUGUCUUUGCCCCCUCCUCCGUCCCCAGGCGGCCACCAGGAGUGACAGUAUGACCCUGACCCUGGGUCCGUGGCUGGGCCUGCCUGCUGUUCCUGCUGUCACCCUCUACAGACAUGAGGACCCAGCCCUGGUACGCUUUCUCCUUCCUGGGCUCUCUUCUUUGGUAUCCUCUUUCUCCUUCCUGGGCUCUCUUCUUUGGUAUCCUCUUUCAACUCUAGCUGUAGGGCCUAUCUGGUCUCUGUUUAGUACUUUAAACAUGCAUCCUUCCUUCCUGCCUCCCUUGGAGUUAUUACGGAUCUGAUAUGACUGGAUUGGUGAAAGCUACAGUUUGUGGUGGAAUCCUUGGUUUCACCUAUCCAUUUGAGUUCUCUCUUCUGUCUCAGUCUCUGGCAGCCGGGUUGACUUCCAGUCAGCCAGUAGAGAAGCUGCGUGCCCUGCCUCUCUGGCUCUCCCUGCAGUACCUUGGCCAUGAUGGGAUAGUGGAGAAGAUCAGACACGCUGCAGAGCUCGUAAGUACUUUGGGUUAGUAAUAAGCAUAUGGGUUAGCGAUCUGUGUUAAUUUCUAUCACCUUACUGCUAACAAACUGACCCGUGUCGUAUCUCUUUUUGUCUGUAGAGCCAACAGCUUCUUGAGAAACUGAAGACUCUGGCUUCCAUAAAGACAUCAGUAGGUCCACAACUUGUUGUUCAACUAUUAACUAUCUACUACUAUUAAUGUAUAUGUAAUGCAUUGUAAAGCAUUUAUGCAUUGAGGCUGUUCUAAGCAGCCAUAAGCUGUUAAUUCCAUUAUUUAAUAAUGCACUAUGGGUGUAAACGAAGGCACUAUAAAGCCAUUACACAUAGGUGGGUCAUAGGACAAAGACCCCCCAUGUGAGCUUUUGCUUGUUGAGUUUUAAGAUGGGAUAACUUAAGAAAACAAUGAUAAGAUCACACUCAUCUCAAACACAUAACACACAGCUAUGAAGAGGGCUUCUGAUGUCUGUGUUUUAUGUCAUCAUCAUCAGGAUGAGCUUGACUCUGAGAUCUCUCUCUUCGAUGCUUUAACUAUGGUAAAGAAACAGCACUGAGCCUCACUAACAGAGACCGCCAUCAUACUGUCACAAAACUAAGACCUUGUUCACAGGCAUCAGCUCUGAGCAGAUACAGUGGGGAGAACAAGUAUUUGAUACACUGCCGAUUUUGCAGGUUUUCCUACUUGCAAAGCAUGUAGAGGUCUGUAAUUUUUAUCAUAGGUACACUUCAACUGUGAGAGACGGAAUCUAAAACAAAAAUCCAGAAAAUCACAUUGUAUGAUUUUUAAGUAAUUAAUUUGCAUUUUAAUGCAUGACAUAAGUAUUUGAUCACCUACCAACCAGUAAGAAUUCCGGCUCUCACAGACCUGUUAGUUUUUCUUUAAGAAGCCCUCCUGUUCUCCACUCAUUACCUGUAUUAACUGCACCUGUUUGAACUCGUUACCUGUAUAAAAGACACCUGUCCACACACUCAAUCAAACAGACUCCAACCUCUCCGUGGCCAAGACCAGAGAGCUGUGUAAGGACAUCAGGGAUAAAAUUGUAGACCUGCACAAGGCUGGGAUGGGCUACAGGACAAUAGGCAAGCAGCUUGGUGAGAAGGCAACAACUGUUGGCGCAAUUAUUAGAAAAUGGAAGAAGUUCAAGAUGACGGUCAAUCACCCUCGGUCUGGUGCUCCAUGCAUGAUCUCACCUCGUGGGGCAUCAAUGAUCAUGAGGAAGGUGAGGGAUCAGCCCAGAACUACACGGCAGGACCUGGUCAAUGACCUGAAGAGAGCUGGGACCACAGUCUCAAAGAAAACCAUUAGUAACACACUACACCGUCAUGGAUUAAAAUCCUGUAGCGCACGCAAGGUCCCCCUGGUCAAGCCAGCGCAUGUCCAGGCCCGUCUGAAGUUUGCCAAUGACCAUCUGGAUGAUCCAGAGGAGGAAUGGGAGAAGGUCAUGUGGUCUGAUGAGACAAAAAUAGUGCUUUUUGGUCUAAACUCCACUCGCCGUGUUUGGAGGAAGAAGAAGGAUGAGUACAACCCCAAGAACACCAUCCCAAUCGUGAAGCAUGGAGGUGGAAACAUCAUUCUUUGGGGAUGCUAUUCUGCAAAGGGGACAGGACGACUGCACCGUAUUGAGGGGAGGAUGGAUGGGGCCAUGUAUCGCGAGAUCUUGGCCAACAACCUCCUUCCCUCAGUAAGAGCAUUGAACAUGGGUCGUGGCUGGGUCUUCCAGCAUGACAACGACCCGAAACACACAGCCAGGGCAACUAAGGAGUGGCUCCGUAAGAAGCAUCUCAAGGUCCUGGAGUGGCCUAGCCAGUCUCCAGACCUGAACCUAAUAGAACAUUUUUGGAGGGAGCUGAAAGUCCGUAUUGCCCAGCGACAGCCCCGAAACCUGAAAGAUCUGGAGAAGGUCUGUAUGGAGGAGUGGGCCAAAAUCCCUGCUGCAGUGUGUGCAAACCUGGUCAAGACCUACAGGAAACGUAUGAUCUUUGUAAUUGCAAACACAGGUUUCUGUACCAAAAUAUUAAGUUCUGCUUUUCUGAUGUAUCAAGUACUUAUGUCAUGCAAUAAAAUGCAAAUUAAUUACUUAAAAAUCAAUGAUUUUCUGGAUUUUUGUUUUAGAUUCCGUCUCUCACGGUUGAAGUGUACCUAUGAUUAAAAUUACAGACCUCUACAUGCUUUGUAAGUAGGAAAACCUGCAAAAUCGGCAGGGUAUCAAAUACUUGUUCUCCCCACUGUAGUGAUCUUUAGAUAAAGUGUGAAUAAGAUUGACACAUGUAGAUGAUAUAGAGAUCAUUGGAACGGUGCAGUGCAGUAACUGCUGAAGCUGAUCCGGUGAACAAGCAGAGUGUGUGGGUCUGGUUACCGUGUUGGGUUGAUGGUGGCUUUGAGUACCUUUUGUCGUAGUGAGUGUCGUGUGCUGUUUGUGUGUAGUAAGUGUGUGUAUACUGUAGAUAGUGAGCUGUUGGGUUGCCUUGGUUACAGGGUGUGGCGUCUCUCUCUCGGAUCCCGCCGAUCUCGGGGGGCUCUCUACGGGACUUGCUGGGCUCUCUCAUUCUGUCUAUUGUAGGUGGGACCAACCCUCUUCCCCCUGCCUGCUCCCCCCUUCCUCUCCUCCUUCUCUCCUUUUUCCUCUGUUUCACUCUCUACCUGACCAUGUUUGUCCACCUGAAUGCCCUGAGAGGCACUGUAUUUGAGACACCGCUCAAAUUGAGGGCACCCAUUGGCUAAAACGGCCAUCAGUCCACUUCCUGGUUCCUGUCCAAUCACCACUACAGGCAUGUUUUAAGCACAUCAGGGAAUGUCCUGUCCCCCCACCACCACUUCUUCACAGAAUCCUGAUGACUCUAAAGUUGAACUUUGACCCAGGCGUCAUCAAAGAUGGACCUCACUGUGUUUACAUAACUACCCUGUUAGGGUACAAAAGUUACAAUCCAACAUGUCACUUCAACCAAUCAAUCCUGCUAUGGGUAACUGGGUAGUACAUACCCUUACUGUGAAUUGUUAGAGAUGGAGAGAAAUUACCAGAAGGAAAGAGUAGUGUCUUUCCUGUGCUGAGAUUUUCUCCAAAACAAAAAUUUGCCCGACCCAAUGGUUUAUGUACAAAGUAUACACAGUACAUACAAUAUAAUGGUGAGUUGUGGAUUUGUCGUAGGUUGUAUGGUUAAGAGUUAGUCAUAUACAUAACGUCCAUGGAAAACAGAGGAAUGUCCAUUGUGAAUGGAAGUCAUAGGCAUUGACAUUUACGCACAAACAUUUAACUAUUUAACAAUCCCCAUGCAGACCAGUUUGACUGCUCAAACAGAGGAUGUGUGUCACAAACCCAGGCAUCUCCAUAGCAUCACAUCACACAGCUUCUCAGGACCAUUCUCACAUAGUACACCUGUUUGCAUGUUAAUGACAGUUUUAAAGGUCAAAGGUUAUGACCCUGGAUGUGUGGAACCUCACCUGUGUGUCUGUCUCACCUUUCCUGUGCUGCAGGUGGAGGAUGAACUGAACUCUCCAGUAGUAGUGUUCAGGUUCUCCCAGGAGACCAGUGCAGGUGAGUGGUAAACACUACUCUUCCUGUUCCUACACAUUUAUCUCACAACUAAGCAGAAACUCUUAUUCAGCUAUAUCCUACUUACUUUAGUUGCAAUUUGUGCAUUCAAAUGAUGUAUUUAAUGCAUUCAAAUGAGUAUCAUGUAAAUGUACUAUGUAUUUGAAUUUGGCAAGUUAUAUGUAAUAGGUCGUAAUGCUAUGCUCUCCCCCGCGACUCAGAAUCCAGUGGUGGUUCUGUGGAGGGCUACUUUGCUGGAGAGAGAGAAGUGCUAGAUACCCUCAACAGAUGGGUGAGCAUUUGUAUACAUUUUAAUGGGUGAGACAAUAAAGAUUGAUUGAUUGGUUGAUUGAUUUUGUCUGCCUGUAGCUGUGUGAGCGGUUGGCACAGCUUGUGCCUGCCAGCGGGGUAGACAUAGUGGAGUUGGAGGACGAGGGCACCUGUGUCCGCUUCACCCCUCUUAUGACCGCCGCAGGUAACACACACACACACAGACUCACCUGUAAGACACACGCAUCAUAAAGAAAGACACACAUUCACCUGUUAGACAUACCAUAAUUUCUAUUACACACAUUCACCUGUACAGUUAAUGAAGAACACCUGAUCAUCGUCAGUCAAUCCACCCACCACAGUGGAUGUUAGUCAGGCACAACUCUCCUUAUGUUGACCCUGUAACUGUUGACCUCUGAUCCCUGACCUCUGCCCUCUGACCUGUUCCCUCCCAGCCCUGGGGACCCAGCGGUGUGACGUGGAUCUCCUGGUGGAGCGGUUGACUGAGCUGGUUCCUGUGCUGAACUGUACGCUGCGUCUCAGACUGGACUUCAGAGAGGAGGUGUACCGCCACUCUGCCCUCAGUUACAUAGAGGACCUCAGCUGGCCCGGCCUGGGAGCCGUCAGGUAGGAAUACACUGUUAUUUAUUCAGUAUUAGUAUUAUUAAUAGCUAUGUAAUUACCAUUUUACCAUGCCAUUUCAUAGUAAAUACCUGGUCAUUUCUGUACAGUCAAAUAAUGUGCAACUGCAACCAAAAUGUUUUAUGUAAAGCAAUGUGACUUGUCCACAAAAUGAAAGUAUGUGUGUGUGUCCACUCAGGUAUGAGCCGAGGAUUGAGGAGAUGAACGACCGUAAGAGACAGCUGGAGGUGGAGAAGAUCAACGGUGAGCUGCUGGUGAAACUAGGGGAUCUGGACGCAGACCUCAUCUUCUCCACCGGUCAGUACUGUGCCUGUCCACAGCACAGAGCUCCUUUUAUCACAUCUGGACCUCAAGGUUUCAAUCUUCCCCUCAAAUCAAGGAAUGACUCAGACCUGGUUCUGAUUCAGCCUGCUUUACCUCUUAACCUCUCUCCCUCCCUCAGGCCCGGAGUUCGGACCCGAGAAGGACUGCAUAUUUAUUGGCAUGGCAAUGGAGGACCUAGACGUGCCAGAGCUAGUGGAUACGAUAGCCGCCCUGGGGAGGGACAUAGAGGAGAACGGCAGGGUAACGCAAUCUCCUUCUACUCUGUUUACCUACAGUCUGUCAAUGCCUCUAACAUGGCUGGUACUUCCGGAUUAUAUUGAUUUUUGAUUAUAAAAUGCAAUCAAAAAUCUAUGUAAAACUACAAUCCCAUUGCAUUGAUUCAGUUGUAAAUUAUUCUUUUCUUCUGUCCCAUCUUGUCACUAGCUAUUAGAGAACAUGACGGAGGUGGUGAGGAAAGGCAUCCAGGAGGCAGAGCUACAGCUCCAGAAAGACAACCAGGAGAAACUCAUGGAGGAGGUGUGUGCAUGUGCACGUUUUUGUAUACAUGCACAUUUUAUGGACUGAUUUGUAUUUGUUUUGCACCAUCAUCUCUCUCUCUCUCUCAGGGUGUGUUGAGACAGAUUCCUCUGGUCGGCUCCGUGUUGAACUGGUUCUCUCCAUUCCAGAGCACUGUGAAGGGCAGGACCUUUAACCUGGCUGCAGGUACACAACUGUGUGCGUCUGUGCCUGCUCCUAGGUUGCUCCUGUAUGUCUGCAUUCCGAUGGUAUAAUAAGUGACUGUGUGUUUCCCAUAGGUUCCCUGGACUCCACAGAGCCCACCUACUCCAUGAAGGCCCAGACAGGUGGGCUGGCAUCGCCAGAAACCCCCACCUCCUCUGCCAAGAGACUGCCAGGUAUGGCCUCACAGAAUCUAUAGAAUGGGAUAUUCCUGUUCUUUCGCAGUCACUCUUUAAAAUCAAGGGGCAUAUUUUAUUUAUUGAAAAUACUGGAAAUCUUACAGACUACUAUUCUCUCUGAUUCCUCCUUUUCCUCCUCCACUUGCAGGACAGAGGCUGUUCCGGCGCGAGGGUGCGGGGGGCUCUGACUCCCACAGUGAGACCAGCUCCGUGGGCCAUGCUGAGGAUCUCUCCAGGGAGGGGGUCCCACAACCCUCCACACCCACCCCACCUUCCCCUGUCCCAGACGAGGUGGUUUCCGGGGCCCCUGAGAGCCCAGAGACCUCCCAGGUGCCAGUUGAACCCGAGCCCACGCAGGAGGAGAGCGAGGUGGGUACACCGGAAGGGGAACAGAGUAUGGAAGAGGAGGAGAGACAGCCUGAGGGCCAGGAGGCAACUGGGGAGGCACCAGUGGAGGAGACAGGCAGAUAGGACAGCCCCCAGGGCAGGUUCCAGGCCAGUCCAGCAGGUGUUGUAGAGCAGGGAUUCAUUCUAUUCUCAAAUAAUUCUCCCUUGCCUCUUUUCUUGACAACUGUCUCCUUGUAGAUCUGAAGGGACUGGAGACUGGGAUGAAAGAUAAUUAGAUAGCAAAGGGUUCACUUAGACUACCAGAAGGGUAGGGAGUGCUAUUGUCAUUUUAUCUCUUCUUUAUUCUUUCUUUCCAGUCCCAUGAUGACUGUGAGAGGGAGAGGUCAAGGGCUGAGGGAAGGAACCAGGAUUUCAGAAUGGAAUCCAGCCUUAGUCUCUAGGGUUGUUUCCACAGCAGUCCAGAGAUUGUGUCUGACUGUCUGAGGACUCGAUCUCUCAAUGGGUUAAUAAAUAAUUAUGUAGGAGUAGAAUUCAGACACCCUAUAGGACCUAAGAACUCUGGUCAAGCAGGAACUACACCUGGGGCUGGGAGUCAAAGGUGAAGGGUUGUCUGAGGACUUCCUGGUUCAUGGCCUCCACUCUACUUCAGUCAGUCUCGUCAUGGCCCGGAGGUAAAGCAGCUUAUAUGCAAGCCAAGUAACGUGUGACUAACACUGGAAAUGAAACAAUUUUAGAUUGUAUACAUACCUUAUAUUUCUAUCCACUCAAUCACCAUAAUGAUCAGUAAAACCAGCUCUGUAUAGAGGGAAAUGUAGUAGAACAAUUUAAGCAUACUGUGAUAUGACUUGAACAAGAAAGAAUACACGCAUCCACCUGCUUCUGAUCUUUAAACACUCCCACAGUAUAUGUGCACUACCCCGAUAGACCCUCCACGGUUUGUCAAACACCCUCCUGUUAACAUUUGCACAUACUUGGGUCUGAUUGGUGUACAAUGUUGUUGUUUUUUUUACAAUAUAAAUGUAUGUUUUUAAUAAUAUGACCAAUGGGGCUAACGUUUCCUUACGUCCAUAAGCAAAGUCUUGCUUAACAUGCAUUCUGAGGAAAUACGUAUAGUGGCUAUACUGUAUGUUGAUGUUUCCUGUGAGACAGACAUGCAGUAGCCUAGUAGUUAUUAUAAUACCUAGACUGAAGAUAGCAUAUUUGCAGGUUAAAGGAUUUGGUUUCAAUGCAGGGUUGUUAAAGAAAAAAAAGAAGUUGUAUUCCAUUUGUCACUACCUUAUUUAAUGUUGCACAUAGUAUGUCUUAAUUUAAUCAAAACCAAAAUUCAUUUAUUUUGUAUUUUUAUUCUCAAAAUAAGAACAAAAUCUAUAAUUUGUCGCAAUAACUACUUUGAUGAAGAAUUAUGAUUCCUGACUUGAAAUGACACAACGAUAUUUCCGUCCUGCUUCCAUUACAAUCCCUAUUUGAUUUCACAUACAACGAUCCUUGACAAAGAGCUUAGAGAAAAUGUAUGUUCCUUCCAUACCAUUGUCUUCAGAAGGGAGAUGUUACAGUUGAAGUCGGAAGUUUACAUACACCAUAGCCAAAUACAUUUAAACUAUGUUUUUCACAAUUCCCUGUAAAAAUUCCCUGUCUUAGGUCAGUUAGGAUCCACACUUUAUUUUAAGAAUGUGAAAUGUCAGAAUAAUAGUAGAGAUAAUGAUUUAUUUCAGCUUUUAUUUCUUUCAUCACAUUCCCAGUUGGUCAGAAGUUUACAUACAUUCAAUUAGUAUUUGGUAGCAUUGCCUUUAAAUUGUUUAACUUGGGUCAAACGUUUCGGGUAGCCUUCCACAAGCUUCCCACAAUAAGUUGGGUGAAUUUUGGCCCAUUCCUCCUGACAGAGCUGGUGUAACUGAGUCAGGUUUGUAGGCCUCCUUGCUCGCACACGCUUUUUCAGUUCUGCCCACAAAUGUUCUAUAGGAUUGAGGUCAGGGCUUUGUGAUGGCCACUCCAAUACCUUGACUUUGUUGUCCUUAAGCCAUUUUGCCACAACUUUGGAAGUAUGCUUGGGGUCAUUGUCCAUUUGGAAGACCCAUUUGCGACCAAGCUUUAAAUUCCUGACUGAUGUCUUGAGAUGUUGCUUCAAUAUAUCCACAUAAUUUUCCUUCCACAUGAUGCCAUCUAUUUUGUGAAGUGCACCAGUCCCUCCUGCAGCAAAGCACCCCCGCAGCAUGAUGCUGCCACCCCUGUGCUUCACGGUUGGGAUGGUGUUCUUCGGCUUGCAAGCAACCACCUUUUUCCUCCAAACAUAACGAUGGUCAUUAUGGCCAAACAGUUCUAUUUUUGUUUCAUCAGACCAGAGGACAUUUCUCCAAAAAGUACGAUCUUUGUCCCCAUGUGCAGUUGCAAACCGUAGUCUGGCUUUUUUAUGGCGGUUUUGGAGCAGUGGCUUCUUCCUUGCUGAGCGGCCUUUCAGGUUAUGUCGAUAUAGGACUCAUUCCAGAAUCUUCACAAGGUCCUUUGCUGUUGUUCUGGGAUUGAUUUGCACUUUUUGCACCAAAGUACGUUCAUCUCUAGGAGACAGAACGCGUCUCCAUCCUGAGCGGUAUGACUGUUGCGUGGUCCCAUGGUGUUUAUACUUGCGUACUAUUGUUUGUACAGAUGAACGUGGUACCUUCAGGCGUUUGGAAAUUCCUCCCAAGGAUGAACCAGACUUGUGGAGGUCUACCAUUUUUUUCUGAGGUCUUGGCUGAUUUCUAUUGAUUUUCCCAUCAUGUCAAGCAAAGAGGCGCAGAGUUUGAAGGUAGGCCUUGAAAUACAUCCACAGGUACACCUCCAAUUGACUUAAAUUAUGUCAAUUAGCCUAUCAGAAGCUUUUCAAGCCAUGACAUAAUUUUCUGGAAUUUUCCAAGCUGUUUAAAGGCACAGUCAACUUAGUGUAUGUAAACUUCUGACCCACUGGAAUUGUGAUACAGUGAAUUAUAAGUGAAAUAAUCUGUCUGUAAACAAUUGUUGGAAAAAUUACUUGUGUCAUGCACAAAGUAGAUGUCCUAACCGACUUGCCAAAACUAUAGUUUGUUAACAAGAAAUUUGUGGUGGUUGAAAAACGAGUUAUAAUGACUCCAACCGAAGUGUAUGUAAACUUCCGACUUCAACUAUACAGUGGGGGAAAAAAGUAUUUAGUCAGCCACCAAUUGUGCAAGUUCUCCCACUUAAAAAGAUGAGAGGCCUGUAAUUUUCAUCAUAGGUACACGUCAACUAUGACAGACAAAAUUAGAAAAAAAAAUCCAGAAAAUCACAUUUGUAUGAUUUUUUAGGAAUUUAUUUGCAAAUUAUGGUGGAAAAUAAGUAUUUGGUCAAUAACAAAAGUUUCUCAAUACUUUGUUAUAUACCCUUUGUUGGCAAUGACACAGGUCAAACGUUUUCUGUAAGUCUUCAAGGUUUUCACACACUGUUGCUGGUAUUUUGGCCCAUUCCUCCAUGCAGAUCUCCUCUAGAGCAGUGAUGUUUUGGGGCUGUCGCUGGGCAACACGGACUUUCAACUCCCUCCAAAGAUUUUCUAUGGGGUUGAGAUCUGGAGACUGGCUAGGCCACUCCAGGACCUUGAAAUGCUUAUUGCGAAGCCACUCCUUCGUUGCCCGGGCGGUGUGUUUGGGAUCAUUGUCAUGCUGAAAGACCCAGCCACGUUUCAUCUUCAAUGCCCUUGCUGAUGGAAGGAGGUUUUCACUCAAAAUCUCACGAUACAUGGCCCCAUUCAUUCUUUCCUUUACACGGAUCAGUCGUCCUGGUCCCUUUGCAGAAAAACAGCCCCAAAGCAUGAUGUUUCCACCCCAUGCUUCACAGUAGGUAUGGUGUUCUUUGGAUGCAACUCAGCAUUCUUUGUCCUCCAAACACGACGAGUUGAGUUUUUACCAAAAAGUUCUAUUUUGGUUUCAUCUGACCAUAUGACAUUCUCCCAAUCCUCUUCUGGAUCAUCCAAAUGCACUCUAGCAAACUUCAGACGGGCCUGGACAUGUACUGGCUUAAGCAGGGGGACACGUCUGGCACUGCAGGAUUUGAGUCCCUGGCGGCGUAGUGUGUUACUGAUGGUAGGCUUUGUUACUUUGGUCCCAGCUCUCUGCAGGUCAUUUACUAGGUCCCCCGUGUGGUUCUGGGAUUUUUGCUCACCGUUCUUGUGAUCAUUUUGACCCCACGGGGUGAGAUCUUGCGUGGAGCCCCAGAUCGAGGGAGAUUAUCAGUGGUCUUGUAUGUCUUUCAUUUCCUAAUAGUUGCUCCCACAGUUGAUUUCUUCAAACCAAGCUGCUUAUCUAUUGCAGAUUCAGUCUUCCCAGCCUGGUGCAGGUCUACAAUUUCUGUUUCUGGUGUCCUUUGACAGCUCUUUGGUCUUGGCCAUAGUGGAGUUUGGAGUGUGACUGUUUGAGGUUGUGGACAGGUGUCUUUUAUACUGAUAAAGUUCAAACAGGUGCCAUUAAUACAGGUAACAGAGUGGAGGACAGAGGAGCCUCUUAAAGAAGAAGUUACAGGUCUGUGAGAGACAAAAAUCUUGCUUGUUUGUAGGUGACCAAAUACUUAUUUUCCACCAUAAUUUGCAAAUAAAUUAAUUAAAAAUCCUACAAUGUGAUUUUCUGGAUCUUUUUUUCUCAAUUUGUCUGUCAUAGUUGACGUGUACCUAUGAUGAAAAUUACAGGCCUCUCUCAUCUUUUUAAGUGGGAGAACUUGCACAAUUGGUGGCUGACUAAAUACUUUUUUCCCCACUAUUAUCGACCUACAGCUCUAAGGUGGUUUAAGACAUGUUUUGUACACAGUUGUAAUUAUUGAAAUGAUAGGUGUUACAUUCUCGUUGACCAAUCAUGUUUCUGCUAUGUAGUAAUACACAUUUGGGAGAACUUUAAUGUCCUAGGGUGUCCGGAGACUACUGGCAUCAUGACUUUCAAAUGAAAUCAAUAAUUAGCUUAUAAGACUGCUUUUGCAUCCACUGUACAACACUUUGCCGUUUUUGAUUUUUUUUUUUAUAUCCAAAGCAGACAGAAUGAGCUUAUACUUUUACGUUUUAAUUUAGUUUUUCUUAAUUUAGGAUGUGCACUUAACUUGAAAAUACAACUGUAAUUCUCUUCUGAAUUUGAUACUAUAAAGAUGUUGGUUCACUGUACUCUGAUAUAAUUUCCAUCUGUUGUAGAUCUUUUUUAUGUCGUAAGGCUUUAGGUCUAUCACCUUCGAGGACUUUCUGUUAUCAUAUUCUUUAAAACAGGUUACGUACAUGUUACUUUUUAUUAUGCUCCUAAUCAGCAAUUCUGGUGCAAUAAUCCACUCAUAGCAAAGGAGAAAAUAACUGAUAUUUAAUGUUGUUGAACUGGGAGCGUUAUUUUUGAUACACCAUUAAUUUAGUUUUCUGAAGUGAAAAUAUUUAAUAGAUUAAUGCUUUAACAAUGUUUUAAGGACCUACAGUGUAUUUGGAAAGUAUUCAGACCCCUUGACUUUUUCCACAUUUUGUUACCUUACAGCCUUAUGCUGAAUGUUUUUUUUCCUCAAUCUACACACAAUAACCCAUUAUGACAAAGCAAAAACAGGUUUUUAUAAAUUUUAGCAAAUUUGUUAUAAAAAUAAAAAGUACAUAAGUAUUCAGACCCUUUCAGUACUUUGUUGAAGCACCUUUGGCAGUGAUUACAGCCUCGAGUCUUCUUGGGUAUGACGCUACAAGCUUGGCACACCUGUAUUUGGGGAGUUUCUCCCAUUUUUCUCUGCAGAUCCUCUUAAGCUCUGUCAGGUUGGAUGGGGAGCAUCGCUGCACAACUAUUUUCAGGUCUCUUCAGAGAUGUUCAAGUCUGGGCUCUGGCUGGGCCACUCAAGGACAUUCAGAGACUUGUCCAGAAGCCACUCCUGCAUUGUCUUUCUAUGUGCUUAGGGUCGUUGUCCUGUUGGAAGGUGACCCUUCGCCCCAGUCGGAGGUCCUGAGAGCUCUGGAGCAUGUUUUCAUCAAGGAUCUCUCUCUGUACUUUACUCCGUUCAUCUUUCCCUUGAUCCUGACUAGUCUCAAAGUCCCUGCCGCUGAAAAACAUCCCCCACAGCAUGAUGCUACCAUCAUGCUUCACCGUAGGGAUGUUGUCAAGUGUCCUCCAGACGUGACGCUUGGCAUUCAGGCCAAAGAGUUAAAUCUUGGUUUCAUCAGACCAGAGAAUCUUGUUUUUCAUGGUCUGAGAGUCCUUUAGAUGCCUUUUGGCGAACUCCAAGCGGGUUGUCAUGUGCCUUUUACUGAGGAGUGGCUUCCGUCUGGUCAGUCUAACAUAAAGGCCUGAUUGGUGGAGUACUGCAGAGAUGGUUGUCCUUCUGGAAGGUUCUGCCAUCUCCACAGAGGAACUCUGGAACUCUGAGUGACCAUCAGGUUCUUGGUCACCUCCCUGACCAAGGCCCUUCUCCCCCGAUUGCUCAUUUUGGCUGGACGGCCAGCUCUAGGAAGAGUCUUGUUGGUUCCAAACUUCUUCCAUUUAAGAAUGAUUGAGGCCACUGUGGGGAACUUCAAUGCUGCAGAAAUGUUUUCCCCAGAUCUAUGCCUCGACACAAUCCUGUCUCGGAGCUCUACGGACAAUUCCUUCGACCUCAUGACUUGGUUUUUGCUCUGAUAUACACUGUCAACUGUGGGACCUUAUAGACAGGUGUGUACCUUUCCUAAUCAUGUCCAAUCAAUUGAAUUUACCACAGGUGGACUCCAAUCAAGUUGUAGAAACACCUCAACGAUGAUCAAUGGAAACAACAGGAUGCACCUGAGCUCAAUUUCGAGUCUAAUAGCAAAGGGUCUGAAUAAUUAUGUAAAUAAGGUGUGUGUGUAUGUAUGUAUGUAUGUGUGUGUGUGUGUAUAUGUAUAUAUAUAUAUGCAAAUAUUUCUAAACUUGUUUUCGCUUUGUCAUUAUGGGGUAUUGUGUGUAGAUUGAUGAGGGGGGAAAUUAUUUAAGCCAUUUUAGAAUAAGGCUGUAACAAAAUGUAGAAAAAGGGAAGGGGUCUGAAUACUUUCCGAAUGCACUGUAGGUGGUUGAAGUACUGCACUAGUCUCACUGAAGUUCAAUGCCUGUUUAAAGAUUUUUGAAAAAACACUGUUUGAAAUGUAAUUUAAUGGGAUGGAAAGAGGGAUGUAUUGAAGAAUCCAAUCACCUUUAUUAAAACUGAUUACACAACUGUUUUAUAUAUCAUUUGCAGGGACUGAAUUUACAGGUAAAAGGUGUUAAUCAUAUUGUUAGUUACCAAUUAAUCAGUAAUUCCAGUCAACCUCAUUGAAAUCCUGAUUUAGUAUCAAUGUCAGCUUGAUGAUGCGUUUCUCCCUGUCAGAAAUUACCAAUGCAAUCAGAAUGGGGAAUGAAUAAAAUAACCCAAAUACAAUUCUCAAACCUUUUUCUCAGGGUUAUUUCGCCCUGCCUGGGAUGGACCUUUUUGUGCUGCUGGACAUUCUGCUAGACAUUGUCUCUCCCUAGUGGCAAAAUGAGUACUUUGCACCAGUCCUUUUAUACUGAACAAAAAUAUAAACGCAACAUGUAAAGUGUUAGUCUCAUGUUUCAUGAGCUGAAAAAAAAAAUCCCUAAAAUGUUCCAUACGCACAAAAAAAAAAUCUCUAAAAAGAAAAUAAGCACACAUUUCUUUACAUCCCUGUUAGUGAGCAUUUCUCCUUUGCCAAGAUAAUCCAUCCACCUGACAGGUAUGGCAUAUCAGGAAGCUGAUUAAACAGCAUGAUCAUUACACAGGUACACCUUGUGCUGGGGACAAAAGGCCACUCUAAAAUGUGCAAUUUUGUAACACAGCACAAUGCAACAGAUGUCUCAAGUUUUGAGGGAGCCUGCGAGUGGCAUGCUGACUGCAGGAAUGUCCAACAGAGCUGUCUGUAAUAAAGCCCUUUUGUAGGGAAAACCCUAUUCUGAUUGGCUGGGCCAGUGGGCCCCUGCCCAGUCAUGUGAAAUCCAUCGAUUAGGGCUUAAUUUAUUUAUUUCAAUUGACUGAUUUCCUUCUAUAAACUAUAACUUAGUAAAAUCUUUGAACUUGUUGCGGUACCCACUGUAUGUCUGUCAAUAGAGAAGGUCUACACUGUGGAAAAACUAAUGCACUCACACAGACAGGCCUAUGCAAAAAUAUCCAAUGAUAAAGUUAGUUGCAGAUGCACUUCCUAGAUUUUUGUACGAGAUGUUCAUAUGAGGUAAUAAAAUCGAGGUUUAAUCAUUUUCAGUGUUCAUACUAGCACAGACCUUGGCCUUUGACGGUCCCGUUCAACCGUUUGCCGAAUCGGAACUAAACAUUAUUUGAACGUGCGGAUCGGUCAGGAACGUUGACGUUAAAAGUGUGCUUUUCCUGUGUUGGAAAUGUAGUUUUCUCGCUUCCACCAUUACGUUCUUCCGAAUAAUGGCGACACCUGCAUUGCACAACAUCUCCCAGUAUGCAGCUGGUUGUCGCUCCCAUCGGUUGGGGAGAGUCAGCAGCACACGAGGACUUGCUGGGAGUGCUGAGUCUAAUCUUGCUUUCGUGUAUCCCUUUACCGAGAGAAACCGGCUGUUUUAUUUUAAGUAAAUCAAGCACAUAUUAGACAUUAGCGAGGGAGUUUUAUCAAUUUUAUCGGGUGACUUCAACAACGGGUUAAUAAUAGGUGCGGACACAAGCCAGUUCAGCAACUGCGUAACGCAAGUCUUUAUCCACAGUAGUGAACAUUUAGCAAAGACCCACGAUGGACCCGAGAGACGCUGCCCCUGAUUCCUGGGAACAAGAGGAUGAUGUUGAGGCCCCGGUCGACGGGAAACUCGAUUCCGAAUUCGCUGCCCUCAACGUGAAUGCCAAACCGUUUGUCCCCAACAUAAAUGCUGUCGAAUUUGUCCCGUCCUUCUUUCAGAAAGGCCCCUCGGAAGAUCCUGAUUCCGGUGGUAAGUUCGCGGUCACUCACGUUUGCGUUUGGCUAGCUUGCUAGCAAGAUAACUUAGUUAGCUAACUAGCUCCGCAACACACAUGCUUAUACACUUUAGAGACCGCGUAAAGUAGCUAGUUAACGUUAAAGGCAAGCAUUAGUUACCAAAUUAACGUUAUUUAUCUAGACUAGUUAACUAGUAACCGAGUUUUUUUUAGUUAGCUACUGUAGCUAAGCUAUAUUCGGUAGUUAAUGGUUGGAUUAUUAAUGGCUUGUUUGUAGCUAAUAUUUUCGGUAGGUUUUAGCCAGCGUUAACUUUCUAAGCACUACUUAGAAGCUAUUUGCCGGUUAGCUAAUUUAGCUUGAUUUUAGCCAACUGUCGACGACAGUGUCUGCACUAAUUAGAUGGCUAGUUAGCUAAUGUUAACCAUAUGAGGUUUUGGACAUUCGAGGUUUUAGUUAACGUUAGCUAGCUAGUCUCUACCUAGUUAUCAUUUUACCAACUGUUAGUUACUGGCAUAACUAAGUGAACGUUAGUUAGCCAAUCCUAUGUCAGUCGUGUGACAAUUGUACGUGUACGUAACGAUAGUCUGUUUUUUGGGGGACGGUUUUGUCUUUCCAUCUACGUGGGCUUUGUAGUCAGAAAUGGCUAGCUAAGACAUUCUUGGGCAAUUCUGCUUUUUUUUGUCUAUACCCUUACCACAAUGUAAGUUAGGAAUUUCAAGCCAUGUACCUAGCUACUGUAGAUAGUUAACUAGUCAUUAUUUGAACGGGUACAACCUUGCCCCGCAUAAAUCGCAAGACAUUACAACUUGUUGAGGAACUGGUAACUAGUGUUGUCAUUAUUGGUGUGACGUGGAUGAUCUUAACUAUGUACAGUCCAUAAGUGGAAGACAAACUUGUGAACAAUGUGUCCCAUUUGAGCAGACCAAGAAAGCAGAAAUAACUAUAGUCAGAGCCAUUCAUACAUGUAAGUCUAGCUAGCUAUUUACAUAUAUAUGUUAUGUAUCUACAGUCUUGCCCAGAUCAAAAGCCAUCUCAACUGAUUUGUUUUACUUUUGAUGUAAUGAAAAUGAGCUGUGGCAUAUUUUGGUCAGUUCUGUCUUUUGCCAAAUCCAAUAUGGAGGGGAAUAUGUAAGGUGCCUUGAAACCUAAAUGACCAUACUCUCUAGAAAAGCCCUUAGGUUGUGGUGGUUAUGGAUGAUCUAUUAGGCAAUACUAACUUGUAAUUCAUGAGGGGAUUCAAAUCUAGCUAUUUUCGCAGUCUGAUAUUUUUGACCUAAGGCAGAGUUUUCUUAUCCUUUAACCUUAGCUUACCGUUAACCUGCUGAACACAUCUGUGCAGGCUUUCUGCUGUUGAUGGACAUCACCAAUGUGUGUUUAUACUAAAGGUGUUCAACAGCUCUUGAGGAAAAUGGCAGUCCAGUAAAAGUAUAGUAAACAUCAAGCUGUUGGUGGGUUAAGCUCUUCCAGUGGAGUGUUGUUGGGUAUAGAUAGGUUAGCUGACAAUGUCACAAACGGUUGAUGCUUCAAUGGGGCAGAAGUCAGAUGUUGUGAUUCUGGAUGGCCAGAUAGCUACCAACAAUGACAAGAAAUUGCCAUGUGGGGAAUCGUGACUAGUGUUUGCUAGUUGCAUCUUGUUCUUGAUACCAUGUCUUGUUUUCAGGUGUUUUAAUUGAUUUAAUGUUAAUGCUAAAAUUAGCUAACUAACAACCGUAACAAUGUAUUUGAAACCACAAGUGCUCAUUGUGCAAAUUUGUUUUCAAUAAACAUUGGAGAAAUAUAGUUUGCAUGUUGUCAACAAUCUAAGUCAACCCCGUAUGUUUUGCCCCAUAGUUGCGCAGGCUUUGGUUGUUGCUAAACAACCAACCUGUCUAUAGUACAUAUUGAGAACCAGAUAACUGGGGGAACUGGUGUUGCAGUUUGUAAUGACCUUGAUUGGCCUCAUAAGAACUGUAUUAGUUGUGACCGUUGUGGUAGACUGGAAGAGCACUGGUCGGUAGAUUUCACACCAAUCCCACCUUACAUUUUAUUUGAUGAAAAACAUGUGAUGAAAGGAGCUUUAAUGUGAAUAAGCUCUACUUCUUUCAGCGGACGUUCAACCAGUUGUUGCCACCAUGGAAGCCGCAAAAACUGCCGCAAAAACUGCAGGUAUGUAUACGUGUGUGUUUUACACCUGUGGUCAUUUUGCUCUGUUGUCCAGCAUUGUCCUUGAAUAGCCUAGCUGGCCUCACAAUCUAUGGGCCUGGCCUCUAACAAAGUCCUCCAUAAGACCUGUCAACCCACUGUUCAGUGUCAACCAAAACGACUGUGUCACUGGUAAGAAUCACUAAUUGAUGAUUGUGGCCCUACAUUUUCUCAAUUGUAGUCAAUGUUCUGACAUGUUUCUAGUGUGGUCCUCUGUAGCUCAAUUGGUAGAGCAUGGCGCUUGUAACGCCAGGGUAGUGGGUUCGAUCCCCGGGACCACCCAUAUGUAAAAAUGUAUGCGCACAUGACUGUAAGUUGCUUUGGAUAAAAGCGUCUGAUAAAUGGCAUAUUAUAUUAUAGUACAGCUUCUAGAACAUUUUUUGUGCACAUUCAUUGUUGACGUGGAAGGGUUGUGUAUGUCAGCUAUUUUUGACCGCUGUGUGUCCCUUCUCGUCUCAUGCGUAAGUGACCGCCAUUUAACUAGCUAAUGUCUUGUUACAUUAUAUUUAGACAAGACCCCACCCUCUCUAUAAUAAGUACAAACUAAGGUGUGUUGUGAAUCCUGUGAGGGUGCUGUACUGUGUCAUAAUAAACAGAUUGGUGAGCUGGCUAGCUCUGUCUGCGCCCAUAGCUUUGGUGCAGACAAAGACCAAACUUGAUGUCUGGUGUGGAAACUUGCUGCCUUAUUCCAAUCGAAGUGGCUGAAGUUCCUAAUUUUCUCGAACCCGGAAGUUUUUGACUAGAGAUUUCUGCGCGUGUGCAGGAUCCGCUGCGUGCUUCCCCCUCCGAGUCCUUCGAGCUGCUGCUCAGUGCUCGCUCACUCCGUGACUCCGCUGCCAGGUGUUGAGCUUGAUGCUCCUUUCCAAUAAAUAUUGAGGGUCUUAUUCUGGUGACAUGAUAAUCGCUGCUUGGCUGCUGUUUGACAAAUGUAAAUGAUCUUGCUCUUUUGUCCAUAAUAAUAAAUAUCAUGUAGGCUAUACGUACACUCUGGCCAUCAGCCCGCACGUGCCAAUUCCAGAGUUGGUACACACACAUAUAACGCAAUUUUUUGUGUGAGAAAACAUCUGUUGAAAAUGUGACUGAAACCCAUUUAACUUGUAUUUGGACAUGGGGAAUUUAACCGCAAAAGGUAUUUUUAUGUGCACUACGUCAUCACACACAGCCUUUUAUCUGCAACAUGUACAUUUGAUGGAAACACAUAUGUGGUGGGAAAAUGCGCAUGUUGUUUUUAUACAGAUUUUAGAAUAUUACCAUGAAAAUCUGUCGCCAAUUGGAUGGUAAUCUAGCUAGUGAGCCAAUUUUAGAGCAGAUGGUGUUAAACUGUAGCAUAGCCUACCUGUGUUUUUAGUUUCAAUCAAAGCCCAUAUUUUGCCUAGUGGUGUGCAAUGUUGAGUUUUGGAUGAGAGCGAGAAAUAAGACCAUUUGCACAAUCAUCCUAAAAUCUCAUUUAAAAAAAUAAAGUGGUGUUUUUUGUCUUACAGUAAUGUUAUACUAGCUAUUAAUUCUGUUAUGUAGAAUAAUAUUGUGAUCUAGCAGACAUUUAUUCAGCUUUGAUCUAAUUUUAUUGAACAAGCACCAUUCGUCAAAGUAGCUUGUUCUCUAUGAGUAGAGCAGAGACUGUGCAGGGUAAAGUAGAGAAUCCGGCAUAUGCGCAGAAGCUUCGGGACCUUUCGCUUUUGGGAAGAGGGGUCCAGAAUGAUCCACAGCCACUCCAUUCAGUUAGUCUGAAUUUUCCUGUGACUGGCAAAAUGACUUCAGCCUUCCUUACGGUUGAGGUCUUACAUAAUUUACAUUAGGCUAAAAGUUGUGAAUGUGCAGGAUUGAAGAAGGCUUGAAGUCAGCCAAAUAUUUCUGGGCCCAGGCAGCCUUGGAGCACUCACUGUCCCCACUAACCCAUAUUCUACUACACCUGUGUUUCCUGGUCCUGGGGACCCAAAGGGGUACACAUUUGUUUUUUUCCCUUGGCACCACACACCUGAUUCCACUAAUGUACUAAUUUUACCUUUGAUAAGUGGAAUCAGGUUUGUAGGACAAGGGCAAAACAAUUUGGACCCAUUUGGGUCCCCAGGACCAGGAUUAAGAAACGCUACUGAUUUCACUCUCAUAGUUGGAAUGAUGAGCCAUGCUCUACAACUGUCAACAUGGUCUGUCAUCACUACCACGGUCUUUAAAGCCUAUAGGGUGCUGAAUGGUUACACUUUAUUUCAGGUGUCAAACUGCUAUUUCUGGAAAUCAAAGAAGGGACAUUUGUUAACACUGUUAUUGGAAUGAACUCGAUGACCUUAAGCUCUAACUUUCUAUAGAUUUGGCAUUUGGUAGUUUUGGACAGUAAAACCUGUUGUCAUAACUGAUGCCAAAGGUUUUGCUGUAGUAAACAUUAACAAGCUGUCUCGUAGAACAAUACCCUCAGGCCUAAUUAAUUGGCUCUAACUGUACUGUAUGAGUACUCUGCAUCAUUGGCAGCCUGUAGUGUAGCCCUAGUUAGGUUUUCCCCUUUGAUUAUGAAAUCUUAUGUCAAUCUAAUUACAUCUCUUUUAUCUACCAAAACAUUUGUAGAGAAACAUUUUAUAAUUUACCAAAUUCUUAGCUACGGUGGUAGGCUUUUUCACAUCAGACACCUGAGACUAGAGGGAUCAAGUUUCAAACUCAAAUCAUGAUUACUUAUUCCACGCCACUAAUGCUCUGUUCGGUUUGUCCCUGACCAGCCCCGGUGGAGAAUGGCGACUCUGAAAUGACCACAGAGGAGUCGUGGGACCUGAAAGGGGCGGAGCCCAAUGAGGAAGAACCAGGAGGAGGGCCUGGUGGCGACGGGGGACCAAUAGUUGUCGAGGAGAUUCUGGAGGAGGAAGUCAUGGAGGAGGAGGAGGAGGAGGAGGAAGAAGUGCCAAUCAUGCCUAAAGUGGUUGCCCUCCCACCAGACGCGCCCAAGAAGGAACAUGUGAACGUGGUGUUCAUCGGUCAUGUUGGUGAGUGGGGGCACAUCUGCUUCUUUCUUGUCCCUCUUUUUCAUGACUAUUGCAGUGGUUUCACCUACUAUCAUUUAGGUGUGUGGGUCAUGUCUGCAUUGCUCUGUUGCUAUUUCUUGGGGUUUCAUUUGAUUCAAUAGAAAAUGUUUGUUGGCAGCCCUAUAUAACAUCGAUGGUGUAUAGUUGUGCCACUGUCACACCUGGAUGCUGAUGGUGGUCUCUGACAAAGAAACAUAUCCAGGGGAAAUUAUGCUUUUGCAUUAAUAGGAAUAGAAAAAAAACUGGCAAUGUUUUGUAUUUCUUUUCAUUUAAUCAGCCCCGUUACAAGGCUAGACGAGCAACAUGCCAUUUCUAUCUGCUCUCACCCCUCCCUGUUGUCCCUCAUCUCUCCCUAGAUGCUGGCAAAUCUACCAUCGGAGGACAGAUCAUGUGAGGAUCUUUCUGUUGUGCUUAUAUUUUUCCUUUUCACUCGUGAUUCGUUCAGUCCAAUGGGGGCUUUUAACACCUGUUGCAUUUCUCACCACCCCUCCACUCUUCUUCCCUCCUUCCCCCUCUCUUCCUCGCUCCCUCUGGUUAUCCCCUUCUUCACUGGUAGGUAUUUAACGGGUAUGGUGGAGAAGAGAACUCUGGAGAAGUAUGAAAGAGAAGCCAAGGAGAAGAACAGGGAAACCUGGUGAGUUACACGCUCUGCUUUUACCAGGGUCUACUGCAAAAAAUACAUUAAAUGGCAUGACUAAAGCCUGUCAGUAUAAAAAAGGUUUAACUCUCUCUCUCCCUCUGUCUGCCAGGUACCUCUCCUGGGCUCUGGACACUAACCAGGAGGAGCGAGACAAGGGGAAGACUGUGGAGGUGGGCCGAGCGUACUUUGAAACUGAGAAAAAGCACUUUACCAUCCUGGAUGCGCCAGGCCACAAAAGCUUUGUGCCCAACAUGAUCGGAGGAGCUUCGCAAGCUGACCUGGCUGUACUGGUAAGUCCAUUAGGUCACGCUUUUGUUUUUCUUGGUAGGAGGAAAAGGCCCCUGAAUAACUUGUUGCUGCAAAUACCAAAAUAUCCAGUUAUUGAGAGACAAAUAUCUCUUUUUAAAUGGUAAAUAUAAAGAUUAUAAAAAUAAUGAUUUUACAUUUAAGAAUGAACAAUGAUAAAUAUUUGUUUACUUGAUCGUAAAACACAUGGUUUUGAAAUCCACACAGCAAUGUCAUGGUUCCUUGAAUGAUUUUCAAUGUGUAUUUCUCCUCCCUAGGUGAUCUCGGCCAGGAAGGGAGAGUUUGAGACGGGCUUUGAGAAGGGUGGACAGACACGGGAGCACGCCAUGUUGGCCAAAACGGCGGGGGUGAAGCAUCUGAUCAUCCUCGUCAACAAAAUGGACGACCCCACAGUGAACUGGAGCCUAGAGAGGUGCGCAAUUACCACUUAGAGCACAGAAAUCACAUCAGGCUACAGGAAACUGGUAGUCAUGAGUGCUUGCUUCAGUUUGUAGAUAAACAUGAAGACACCCAUUACUGUCAAGAUGAUAUGAUAGUCAUAGCCAAGGGUGAAAUCCUAUGUUGAUGUAGGGUAUUUGUAGAACCUUAACAGAAAUCAUACAUACAUUGACGUCAUUACAAGAUUUGAUCGAGAGUUGAACAUUUUAUUCUCAUGAAUCUGAAAUCCAGCUCAACCCACAAUUUAUUUCAUGUCUAACCUGAAACCUCAGGUACGAAGAAUGCAAGGAGAAACUAGUGCCAUUUUUAAAGAAGGUUGGCUUCAACCCCAAGAAAGACAUUCACUUCAUGCCCUGCUCCGGCCUCACAGGAGCCAACCUCAAGGAGCCUGUUGAGUCGUGCACUUGGUAUACGUGAGUAUCACCAGCUUUUACACUGCAGUUCCUGGGCUGUGUUCACUAGGUACGAAACUGAAGAAAACAGUCCAAAAUAGGGAAGGUACUAUCUGUUCUUGUCCAUUUAAGAAACGCUCCUUCUCUGUUAACGAAGCGACACCAAAGGUACUAUAACUUUCCGGUGUGAAUGGAUUGAAUAUUCUCCUGACACUACUGUCCUGACCUGUUUUCUCUUCCCUGUCGGUCUUCCAGAGGGUUACCAUUCAUUCCACAUCUGGACAGUUUGCCAAACUUAAACAGAGCGAGCGACGGACCAGUCAGAUUACCCAUCGUAGACAAAUACAAGGUGAAGAUGACCACAUUAUGAAACCUUUCUAUUUUUAUUCUAUUGCGAUAAAUAUGGCAACCAACUCAUUAUAUUUAAGUGUUUAUUUAUAUAUGGUUGUCCUUUACAUGACAGUAUUUUGAUGGUCAACAACUGUACUGAGCCAUGUCAUUCGUACUGCCCACAUCAGCAGCAACACUGUUUACACUGUACAUGUAACAUCCUAUUUCCUGGUAAUAAAAAGCCUAUUAAACCACACUAGUUUUAAUGCCUCUCACACCACUGUAGCACAGCUUUUCUGACCUGGGUUACUCAAUCUCGCCUCUUUCUACUGUUGAUCCCCACCCUAUAGGACAUGGGUACUGUUAUCCUGGGGAAACUGGAGUCGGGGUCCAUCAGUAAAGCACAGCAGCUUGUCAUGAUGCCAAACAGGGUAAGACGUUCCCCAGCUGCCUGCCAUGGAACAUCCAACGCCCAUCAGAGCAUUAGAGCUAUAGCUAAUCAUAGCCAAUGGGCAGGCAAGUAUCUUAAGCCAGAGUUGUUUAGUCGUAGGUCUUUUUUUUUCCCUCGUAUUUUUCAUUUUACUCUGUGCCACACAGCAUCUCCCUCUUUGUUGUUUUUAUACUGUAAAGGUGUUCCCUCCAUCUCUUAUGAACGUUUGUUAAUGGCUUCUUAUCUCUUCCAUCCCGCCCCCCUUCCUCCUCUAACCCCUCCCUCCAUCCCUCCCUGCAGCACACGGUGGAGGUGUUGAGCCUGCUGAGUGAUGACGUGGAGACAGAUGAUGCUGCUCCUGGAGAGAACUUGAAGCUGAGACUGAAGGGCAUUGAGGAGGAGGAGAUCCUGCCGGGCUUCAUCCUCUGUAACGCUGAGAACCUCUGCCACUCUGGACGCACCUUUGACGCCCAGGUACGCCAGUCACCACGGAUACUAAGACGGUUGGAGUUGGACCCUAGUCCUGUUUGAAUGUUGCCCUAAUGGCAAACAUAUUGGAUUUGUUGGUGUUUGUUUUUACUCAGUAUUGUGUCGUGUGUUUCGCUCAGAUUGUCAUCAUUGAACACAAGUCCAUUAUCUGCCCUGGUUACAAUGCAGUCCUCCACAUCCACACCUGCAUCGAAGAAGUGCAAAUUACGGUAAAGAUACUGUCAUAAUGCCAUAACAUAAACCUACAGAAGGAACCAUCUUCAUUUUGAAUCUGCAAUGUAUUCCCUUUGAACUGCACCUGACAAAUAGUGUUUUAAAGACAUGCCAGUAUAGUUAGUGAUGGUUCCUCUCAACCUCUAGGCCUUAAUCUGUCUGGUAGACAAGAAGUCUGGAGAGAAAAGUAAGACGCGACCGCGCUUCGUGAAACAGGACCAGGUGUGCAUCGCCCGUCUGCGCACCGCCGGAACCAUCUGCCUUGAGACCUUCAAAGACUUCCCCCAGAUGGGACGGUUCACCCUACGGGAUGAAGGUACGGGGCUCUGCCAUCACUGGGACUGUUAGUACGCGGCAGGUAGCCUAGUGUUGGGACAGUAAACGGAAGGUCGCUGGUUUGAAUCCCCAAGCUGACUACUUGAAAAAUCUGUCUGUGCCCUUGAGCAAGGCACUUUACCCUAAUUACUUAUGUAAGUCGCUCUGGAUAAGAGCGUCUGCUGAAUGACGAAAGUGUAUAUGUAAAAUGUUAGUAGUCCCUAAAUGGCCAUGCUGGAAGGAACAAUGGUUUAAAUGUAGUCCAAACUGAAACCAAGGUUAGUCUGUUAGUGGUUGAGUUGCAUUCGUGGUGAAAAAGUACUGUUGGGUAGAGGGGAUGGGUCAUUCAUUGGGACCCUAAAGAGGGAGAAAGUCUGUAGGAGGAUGUCGGAGAGUGGAGGGGCUCCACUUAUGACGUUUUGAUUUUAAUUUAAAACUAGCCCAUUGGACAUGAGUAGACGGGCCUUGCUGUUAACCUGUGUCUCUGUGUCCUCUCCCCAGGUAAAACCAUUGCCAUCGGUAAGGUGUUGAAGCUCGUUGCUGAGAGGGACUGAAGCGGUUGCAUGGGAGUACCGAUCACAGUCCGGCGCCAUGGUGGGGUGGGGGGGGAAGAGUGGGGUCAGGGGUCAUCGAUGGGAACACGGCAGGCGGUGACGGCCACUCUGCUCGCGCCCCUCUUCUCUCCCCCUCGACCUGUCGAAGAUCAGCUUAAAAAAACUUCUCUGAAAAAGAAACCUGUUUUUAAGCAAAUGAAAAACGAAUUCAAGUACACACAAGUCAGCUUUCUCAUAUUGAGAGCUCAGCUAUGCCAUUUUUGGGUUAGGCCCCUCCCC